GAGGGGUCUCUUGGGCGCGCCCGUGGGUGUGGCCCGGGCGGCCGCUAGUGUCUGUGUGGCACGAUGUCGUGGUAACUCAGAGGCGCGCCAGGCGGGGCGCCCAACCGGGUCGCGGGGCGAGCACGCCCGCCGCUGCGGCGUCGGGCGUUGCGGGGGGUGUCACAUCCGGUGGGGGGCGGGCCUGGCGGACCCCGGAAGUGUGGGAGCGGCUGCGGUUUAACCCGCGGUGGCGGCGGCGGCGGCGGCGGCGGCAGCCCUGGCAGAUUGUUGAUUCAGCCAUUGGAGUUAUGUUUCUGUGUUGACGGAUGCCAUCCCUGGAGGAAUCUUAAAUUCUGUGUCCUCAGAGUCCACACAGGAAGUGCAGGGUUGCAGAGGCGAGGAUGGAGACACUGAAGGAUAAGACUCUGCAGGAGCUGGAGGAGUUGCAGAAUGACUCGGAGGCGAUUGACCGGCUGGCCCUGGAGUCCCCUGAGGUCCAGGACCUGCAGCUGGAACGGGAGAUGGCACUGGCCACCAACCGGAGCCUGGCCGAGCGGAACCUGGAGUUCCAGGGACCCCUGGAGAUCAGCCGUUCAAACCUCUCUGAUAAAUACCAGGAGCUCCGGAAGCUUGUGGAGCGGUGCCAGGAGCAGAAGGCAAAGUUGGAGAAAUUUUCUUCAGCACUGCAGCCAGGGACUUUGUUAGACCUUCUGCAGGUGGAAGGCAUGAAGAUUGAAGAAGAGUCCGAGGCCAUGGCUGAGAAGUUCCUGGAGGGCGAGGUGCCCCUGGAAAUGUUCCUGGAGAAUUUUUCCUCCAUGAGGAUGUUGUCCCACCUGCGCCGGGUUCGUGUGGAAAAGCUCCAGGAAGUGGUGAGGAAGCCCAGGGCUUCCCAGGAGCUGGCCGGCGAUGCCCCUCCACCCCGCCCGCCGCCACCACCGCCGCGCCCAGUACCCCAGGCAACACCCCCUGUGGUUGAAGAGCAGCCGCAGCCGCCACCAUCGGCCAUGCCUCCCUACCCUCUGCCCUACAGCCCGUCCCCUAGCCUGCCUGUGGGCCCCACUGCCCAUGGAGCCCUGCCACCCGCCCCUUUCCCGGUGGUGUCCCAGCCCUCCUUCUACAGCGGGCCUCUGGGCCCCACUUACCCGGCAGCCCAGCCUGGACCCAGGGCUGCUGCGGGUUACUCCUGGUCCCCACAGAGGAGCACACCGCCCCGGCUGGGCUAUCCUGGGACCCCGACUGGUGCCUCUGGGCCAGGGUACCCCGUGGCGGGAGGCAGGGUCCCCAGUCCUGGUUAUCCUCAACAGUCCCCAUACCCUGAAGCAGGAGGAAAACCUCCCUACCCAAUACAGCCCCAGCUCCCUGGCUUCCCAGGCCAGCCCCAGCCCUCCAUGCCCCCGCAGCCCCCUUAUCCCCCCGGGCCUGCCCCUCCCUAUGGGUUUCCACAGCCCCAGGGGCCUGCCUGGCCUGGGUAUUAGACACACUCCUGGCCCUCGGCCCCUCCCUAGUCCCACCCACGCUCAACCUUUGGCCCAGCCAUUGCCGAGAUUCGAGGGUCCACUGGACGUGGCGUUGGUGCUCCCUUUGGACUUGCGUCGGUACACAGAGGCCUUGGAGGGACCAGGCCCUGGGCUGUGUGACUGGUCACAGCACUUGCUGGCUUUUUGGCUGGAGGUCCUCCUGGGAGCCCCUCCUUUCAGUGCCUGGCUGCAGGUGCUAGCCAGGUGGGAGCACAGCACCUCUCAGGUGUCUGUGAGUGAGUGCGUGCACAUAGUUAUGAGCAUCUGCUUGUGGCCGCACUCAGGGCCAUCUGAACCCAGUGCCAGAGGUAUCUCGAGGAGGAGGCCCUGGGUCUCCAGUCCCCUCUGUCUCUCCUGGGGUUUGGCGUAUUGGUUGUGGAGCCUCAUGCUGAGGGGUGCAGCUGUUGGCAUCUGUCCAGUCCAUUGAAGGCUGGCCUUCCCACGCGCUGCAGCCAGGAUUGGAUUGGAGGGAGAGAACAGAGCUGGGAAAAACAACAGGUUUGAGUCCUAUAAAGCCAUAAUUUCACUCUGGUAGCUGAUGUCAGACAAGCUUGUCCUGUGUCCUGUUUCAUUGGGGCAGCACCAGUGCAGCAUGAGGGCUGGGGGUUGUGAAGGUUGCCCCCGGACCUGGCUUGCCCUGGUUGGAGAAGCUAGGGCGCUGCCUUGGGCCCUCUGGCCGGAGGGAAGGGGGCAGCUCUAGGCCUGGAGAUUGUGGUCACAUGGGGGCUUGUUUAGGAGUGGAGGGCCAGGUCACCUCCCCAGCCACCCUUCUCUCCUCUGGGGCCCUCCACUUCAGGGUGACUUUGCCCGAGGCCCACACAUCCAUCCUCUCCUUUAGUGCCUUGAUUCUCAUUCACAAGCAGCCCUUCCCUUCACCUCCUCUCCCCUCGCUCCUUUGAUGGAAUCGUCCCACCCCCAGUGUCCAUCCUAAGACAGACGUCAAAAGAGGCCCUAACCUAACUUCCCAAAUGGUGCUUUUAAAAAACACCAUCACUACAUUAGGGGCAGUUGCUUUGCACCUCCCUGUCUUCAGAAUGUAAAGGGUGGGGAUUAUGACUCUGUUUAAUACACAGCCCUCUGCCCUGUGUGGUUUUGGGCAGGUUCAGUAAUAAGAAUGAAGACAGUAGACAAAGGGGGUGUGCUGAGUGUUAACUUCGUUGUUCCAGAGGUAAACCAGGUCUCAGGGAAGGGCCUGGAGCUGCUAUUGCUUAGGACGUUGUACGUGCCUUGAAAUGUCCACUACCUGAGAACCCAGCAUCUGGUGGGCCUGGGGCUGCUGGGGCCGAGGAGGGCUCUUGACCUUCUGGUGCUUGCCCCUCCCCGGCCUGCCUUGUGCCAUCUGCGUGACGCUAUGUCAGCGCUGCCGGUUCCUUACCAAAUGUGCUUGCUUCUCCUAAGUUAUUUAUAAAGAGAAAUCACUAAUGGACUCUACUGGUUUGAGUGCUUCUGAGCUGGACGACGGAUCGCCUGUAUGUUUGUGUAAUUAAUUGCCAUAAUAAACUUCAAUGAGUCACA